AUGGGUGUGAAAGAGGAAAUGCCAGAGGCAUUGUUGGUCCAGGGCGCUGGCCAACCGACACCAGACGUCGAAAUGCACUCACUGAAGUCAUCAAAGAGCAACAACGGCCAGCAUCCAGACUCUGUCAACCAAGACGCCGCCACUGGCACUGCGAGCCAAUCAAUCCCGCCAACAGACACCGAGAACCCAACCGACUCACCAUCCCGAAAUGUCUCCAGAGCAAAAGGCGUCACAGUCAUCAUCACCCUCGCUGGCGUCAACUUCCUCAACACCAUGGGCUCCGGCCUCCUCAUUGCCGGCCUCCCGCGAAUCGCCUCGGACGUCGGGCUCUCCGACGGUCUCUCCCUCUGGCCUGCCGCCGUGUACUCCCUCGCAGCAGGAUGUCUCCUGCUCAUAUUCGGUGCCGUCGCCGACGUCGUGGGUGCGAAGCCCAUGUGGUUGACGGGCAGCUUUCUCUUCGCCGUGUUCACGGUGGCCGUCGGCCUCGCCAAGACCGGUAUUCAGCUCAUUCUCUUUCGCACGGUCCUGGGUAUCUCGAUAUCCAUGUGUCUCCCGACGGCCAUGAGCUUCAUCACCAGAACCUUUCCCAAGGGCAACUGGCGCAACGUUGCCUUCUCGAUGAACGGCAUUGGCUUUCCGCUAGGCUAUGCUCUUGGGCUUGUAAUGGGUGGCAUCUUCGUAGACACGAUUGGCUGGCGCUGGGGUUACUACCUCAUGGCCAUGAUCAAUCUUUGUCUGUCGACAGCAGCGAUCUGGUCUCUCCCAUCCGUCCAUCAGACUUCGGAGAAGAAAUGGAAUCGCCGCUUGUCUGAAGACAUCGACUGGAUUGGAGCCAUCAUCGUCAGCGUCGCGCUCGGGCUGCUGUUGUACGUGUUGGCCAUGACGACGUCUUCCUACACCAAGUUAGGCGAUGCGUCCAACAUUGCUCUUCUGAUCGUCGCAGUGGUCCUGCUGGCCUCCUUUCCGAUUUGGAUGGAAUUUCAAGUCAAGAGGAACCGCCCUGCGCUGAUACCUAACCGUCUCUGGCGGAACGCUUCCUUUACUUCGAUCUGUGUGUCCAUCUUUCUCAGCUGGGCCGCCCUCAACUCGAUUCAGUACUUCAUCAUGUUGUUUUUCCAAGAGGUUCAGCACGUGUCCGCCUUGCAGAGCUCCCUCCGGUUCCUGCCUCACAUCGUCAUGGGCACCGCAGUGAACGUAGCAUGCGCCUGGCUCGUUUCCCGAGUCAAAGUCCAAACUCUAGCCGGCGUCUCGGCUCUCAUCACCAUCGCCGCGCCCCUCGUCAUGGCGACGGUCGACAUCAGCGGUUACUACUGGUACGCCCCGUUCUGGGCUCUAGCCCUAUCGCCAGUGAGCGCAGACGCCCUCUUCACCGUCUCGAACCUCAUCAUUUCCGACGCCUUCCCGGCAGACCUCCAGUCCCUCGCCGGCGGCGUCUUCGCCGAGGUCGGCCAGAUCGGCAACGCGGUGGGCCUGGCCGUGACGGCGGCCAUCGCGUCCUCCGUGACGGAGCACUCGGGCGCCGACGAGCCCAGGGAGGCGCGCAUGGCGGGUUACCGCGCCGCUUUCUGGACCAUCUUCGCCGCGACGGUCGCCGUCGUCGUCAUUGCGUUUUGGGGUCUCAGGAAGGGCGGCACGGUUGGGAAGAAGGACGACUAA